UAUCUCCAGUUUCAAAGUCUCCAGCAACAACGCAAAUAUCUCAAAGAAUAAAAAGAUCAGAAGUAGCCCAAAGCAAUCGAGCGAGCAAGCAAGAAUUCAGAAAGGAGAAGGGGAAUUAUGAGUUACCAGAGAGUCCCUCCCGACGAACCCUACCCUCCACCAGGGUAUCCUCAAUCCGGGCCAUAUCCAUACCCACCUCCAUCAGGUGCUGUGUACCCUCCUCAGGGUUACCCUAGCUCCCAUGGUGUGUACCCUCCACCACAGGGGCCUUACCCCCCACCUCACCAGCCUCCACCACCAGGGUACCAGGGCUACUUCAAUCAGGGCCAGCAACCUUACUACCCGCCGCCACCACUGCCAUAUGACCACUGCCACCACCACUGUGGUGAUGAGGGUUCUGGAGCUGGGUUUCUCAAAGGAUGUUUGGCCGCUCUUUGCUGCUGUUGCCUGCUGGAGGAGUGCUGCUUCUAAGGAGAAGAAUUAUUUUGCUCUGUGCAGCAGUAGUAUGUGAUAAGAGGCUAUUGUUUCUAGCAUUUGUGUAAACAUCAGUAUAUUUGAUUGUUUUUUUUUCCAGAAAUCCGCAAAAUAUUUGUUACUCUCAGGAACUGAAAUAAAUAAGUUGUAUUGUUCUAGUAUGUCCUGUGUGUGCAUGUUCUAUUGUUAGUCUCAGGAACUGAAAUAAAUAAGCUGUCAUUGUUCUUUUGCUA